GAGAUGCUUAAUAAAAAAAUCUAAAUAGUAUGGUUUUAAUAGACAAUGAAAGACUUCUUAAGGUUAAUGAAAACCUAAGUAAUCUAAUUAGUGAAGAAUCAACUGUUAACAAAUCUAGCUCACAUCGGUUUUCCUCUGCGACCAGUCAAAUAGUUAUUUUCGGUGAAAUAGCUAAAUUAACCAAUUUUGCGAAUAAAAAUGUGCACAUUGAAUUUUGGUUAGAACCUUCCCGUGGAUGGUUUCCUUAUGAUGGUGAUGAUAGAUCACUUUGUGGAUUAACGCAUAGAUGCUACAGUUCGACUUCUACUACCUCAGUUGGAGCUCCAUUUCAAUUUAUUAUAGCAGAAUGUAAUACGAAAUCAAACGAGUCAGAAAUCAGUAAUGGCUUCACGCUUUAUUUUCGUGUAGUGAAUAAUCACAGUUUGGGUCGAUCAUCAACGGAAGCCUUUGGUAUUUUAAAGUUUCCUUUUCGACCUGGAAAAUUUUCUAGAGAAAUCAAAAUGUUUCGCCCGCAUUCUAAUAGAAUUUCUGACAAAUUGAUGGAAUACUUUCUCAAUUAUUCUUUCGAUUUGGAUGAAUUAGAAGAAAACCAUUAUGAACCACUUGGAUUGAUCUACACUGAAUCAAAAGGGACCAUCAGCUUGAAUGUUAAUAUAAUAGUACAAUCCAGCCAAUUCGAUCCCAAACUGGAUGAAUCAGAUGAUAUUCAUGAUCCUUUAUGGAAUGACAUUUCACAAAUUGUCGCAGCAUUCCGAAGAGCCAGACAACGAAUGAUAUUUUUACGGAUGAAAGCACUUCAACUUUUUAAAAACUCAAAAAACAAAUAAUUUAAUUAUCUAUCAACGUUUUAUAGUAGCUGCACUAGUUCGUAAUUUUUGUAGAUGGGCAAAAGCUUUUUGAACGAAGACUUUGAUUAAAUAAAGCUCUGCUUUUGUAACAUUA